GCCCCCGGGAUGCCCCGAAGCCAUCCCCUCCCUCCCUCCCCCAGGCACCCGGCUCCUCCUCGCUGAGCCCGCCCCUGCAGUGCGGACUGGACGACCUUCUCUUCCAGAGCCUCUGUCCGAGGGGGCAGGGGCUCCUGUGGAGACCCUCCCCUACCGUCCAGGGAGCACUUCCUCCCCAAGCCCUGCGCCUGGUGCGGGAGGAGGAGGACGCCUACCCUGGUCGAAGUUGAGUUUCUUGGCUGGAGGGGUCUCUCCCAGCCCUUCAAUGUCCACCAGGUCACUGUUGGCGUCCGAGUCAUUCAGAGCGCUGAGUGUCACAUCUGGGAUUGCACGGGGGGCAUAAGCUAGGUUCUAGGUUCGCCCACUGCCCCCCAGCUUCCCCGAGCUUUGAGCUCCCCCCGCCCCCCCCCAGCCACUCUCUGGGUACCCUGGCGGGGAGAGGAAGGGACAUGUGUCCUUCCCUGGCCCAAGCCCGAGUCUCCCACGGACUAGGCGGUAGCUCUGCCGCCCUCACCGGCCUUUUGCUUCUUUAUGGGGGGCCCCCCGGCCUCAGGGACACCGGAGCUGCUUGGUGGAGGGGCAGCUGGAGGAGACGACAAGACACCAGACGGCACCUUCUUGGGCCCUUUCUUGGGUGAUUCGGCUGGAAGGGGGAUGCCUGAGUCUUCGUACACCUUUCGCUUCACGGUGGCCUUUAUCUGGGCCCUGAGGAGAAGACAGAGCAGCUCUGCAGCACUUAGGGCCAAUGGAGUAUGAUUUAGGAGUGACGUCCCUGAGCUGAGUGGCAGGAAAGCCCACGUCCUAAUUCUCUUCGGGGCGACACUUGGCAGGUGUGGAAGGCUCCCAGGUAAGCCUCGGUGACUGAGCGGCAGGUAGAUGGGGACUUAUGAGUGGGUUCUGAUCAGCUCGUUCAGAAUCCCAAUAUCCUUGGAAAGGCCCCAGCAGAACCUCCAAGGAGCGAUGCCAACAGCCAGGAAAGUUUGGUGGUGGGGAAUCUCAGGCGGCCCCCCGAAAUUAAAUUCUUGGGAGGCCCUGGUUGCCCCAGCGGUUCAGUAACUUCUGACCAAACUCUUCUAUCCUUUCAGUCUUCCCGGAGGCGCUAACAAAGCCGGCAGCGAGAGUCCUCUCUCACCAUGUCUGGCUGGCGGCGACCCAGGUGCCACGUGAUGGUCAUCUGAAGACAGGCCUGGCGGAUGUCAGUAUGAGGGCCCUACUUCUCAGUCCAAGAGACGCUGCAAUUGCUUCAGAUAAAGAGCAAACGGUCAAACCUUCACCUCCUCCCUCCUCACGUCCUCCCGGAACGACAGUGCAGGGGUCUCUUCAAACAUAAACCCACGGGAAUAAAAGCAGCAGGAGAGGUGACAACCGAAGAUGAAAGGUGUCAACACGUUUCACCGCCUGGGAGGGAGCCGUCAGGUGACGCCUGCGCAGCAAGGCCACGAGUCCGGCACGAACGUCUGCUCCCGGGGACACCAGGCGCAGCCGAGGACGGCGCCGGCCGGGCAUCUGCCAGCCCCGCCCCGAGCUUCCAGAACACCAGCCCCGGGGCUGCGAGAGGCCUCCUGCCCGAGGGCACUGAGCGCGGCCGAGGGAUGGGACCCACGCGGCCCAGGACGAAAUGAGCAGGGGAUUCGGGAAGCGGGGCCCUAUUGGAAGAGGUUCCUGUCGAGGCCCGGCCGCCCCGCGGGGAGGAGGCAGCCUGCGCUUCGGCGGGAAGCUGGCGGCGUGGCCGGGAUGGUAAGAAGCCCCCGAAAUCUGACGCCCUGUCCUCAUUCCAGUCCUUGUACGAAGUCGUCCGUCCUGGGCGUGGGACAGCCCCCUAAGUCCCCGGACGGCUGCCGCUCAAGACUCCCUCGUGCGAGGUCUCCUCCUCACCAGGCGCCCGUGAUCCCGCCCCAUCUCUGGUCCAGCCGCUUCGGGCCAAGGGACCCCCCCCCCGCCGGGGAGCCGCCGAAACCUGCACCUCGCCGAGCUAAACCCAAGCGGGGGACCUUUUCCUAGGAAGUCGGCAGUGAGGACUCCAUGUGCCAGAACGUCGUUUAGAUCAUGAUGGGUUCCUAGCCCUCCUGUUCUCCAUCACUGUCCUAAACUCCCACGAGAGACAGAGAGAGAGGGGGAGGGAGAGGGAGAGACAGAG